GAUUUAGAUAUCUCGUAGAGAUACACAGAGAAUUGAAAAUUGAAGAAGAUUUGUCCUUAGUUAUCCAGAAUCUUUGGAUCAGCUCAUCUUUUUUCUCCAAUCUCGUGAUUUUUUUUUCUGGAGAAACUACGAGUGAUUAGAAUCUCGCGAAGUGAUCAAGCCUUAUGGACACCGAACUGAAUUCACCGCCGCGUGAUGGUGACGCCGCUUUUAAAAAGCCAUCCAACGAUGGUUCCACCAGAAAGUAUCGUCGCCGAGCUUUGGCUGAUGAUGUCUCAUCUUCAUCUGAUGGAAGUCCUGAACGUGAUAAUAACCCUAAAUCAAAGCAUUCUAGGGAAGAUGAUAAGAAAGUUUCUGAGCAAGUUCAUGCGAGGAGAGAAGAUAAGCGGGAAUCUGAUGAUCGUAGCAGUCGUUAUGGUAGAGGCGGUAUUGAUUCGCAUAGACAUGAUAGGCACUCUAGGGAUGAUCAUCACUACAGAUCUAAGCGGGAUGAGUACAACAGACAUGAGAGGGAUGGAGCUAGAUCGAGCCGGGAGUCAAGAAGUGACCGUAGAAGAGGAGAGACUGAACAUAGCAGGUCAAGAAAUGAUUCAGAAAGACAUUCCCGUGAUAGAGCUGUGUCUGGUAGGAGACACACAGACUCCAGGGCGGAGGAUAAAGAGAAGGAUAAUGUGAAAAGAGGUUCUCGCUGGACUUUUGAUGACCCUGAGAUUAACAAGGAGAAAGAUGUUCAUGUCAAAUCCCCAAGAGACCGUCCUGAUGGUGCAGCUGAGAACCGAGAUACUCAUUCCAAGAAACUGAAGGGGUUCGUUUCAGAAAAGUUUACCCAUGGCAAUACUAAUGAAGAAGAGAAGCACACAUCGAGGUUUAAGCCAGCCCUCGGUUCUGGGAAUCAGGGUUUGUCAUCGCAAUCUCGUUCGAAAGAAGCUGAGGUUUCUGGUGAUGUCGAUGCUGCUAAAGUUGCAGCUAUGCAGGCUGCUGAAUUAGUGAACAAAAACCUUGUCGGAACUGGUUACCUGACUACAGAUCAAAAGAAGAAGCUACUGUGGGGAAAGAAGAAAAGCACAGCUGCAGAAGAGCCUGCUCAUCGUUGGGAUAGUGCACUAGUUGGUGACCGAGAACGACAAGAAAAGUUCAACAAACUUAUGAGCCUGAGGUUGCGUUGGUGCAUCAUUGUAGGGUGUGAAAGGGAGUGUAGUAAACCAAGAGCAGAACCCGAGCGAAGUCCAAGUCGAGAAGCAGAACGAGUUGCAGAAGGAUCUAGAGAAGCAGUACACAGCAGGAUUAAGGAGAAGAGACGGUCGCACGGUAGGGUUAGGUCUUUGAACCUGUUCGUUAAAUUAUCUUCAUGUCUUGUCUCUUUGUUUAUCUAAAGACUCUUGUGGGAUCUCCUUUUUGUAAUCUACUACUACACAUGUCAAAGCCCUUAAUAAUGGUGGACUCCAUGUGUGUAAGAAAACCAUGUUUUAGACCAUUUGAGUUUGAUUCCGACUUAUGUAGUGAGUAGUUCUCUUUGUUAGGUGAAAGCUCUCGAGGUAUCUUUACUUGAGAACUUGAGAUGAG